UUCCACCCCGCCGCCGCUGUUCUUCCCAAAGCGGUGCCCCCUUCUCCUUCUAGCGCCGCCCCUCUGCCGCUCCUCCUAACGCGCCGCCCCCACCGGAGCUCCUUCCCACGCCACCGUCAACUUCCUCUCCACUGGGCCGCCUUCCCUGAACAACCACACCAAUGACGGCGCGGCGGUGAUCGACAACGUAAUAAUCGAGCAGCGACGUUGAGGACGAUGCCAACGGUAUCCGUGGUUAGUAAAAUGAAACUGAAGAUGAGGAACAAACAGCGAAAAUCUUCUGUUCUCAACUUUAUUGUAUGGGGCUUGGUGGGAUUUGCCCUCGUUGUCUGCUUAUUUUUCAUCACCCGUCAAGUAAAAAUUGGGCUUGGCCGUAUCGGUUCUAGCCAGCUACAUGCCAUCAGAGAAUUGGAAAAGGUUGAGGAAGAACAGUUUCGCUUGCCACCUCCUCACAAGUUGAAUCCUCGUGCAGUGAAACGUCGGGGUCCUCACAAGACUUCGAAGAUCAUCGAUGAAUAUCUUGAUGGCUCCUCAGCACUACACGAUUCGUUCUUCCCUAGUGAAGCGACUGCUAUAAACCCCCUAAAGGGUGGGAAUGAUAGCAUGUCCUUUUAUCCUGGUAGGGUGUGGCUGGACACUAGUGGAAAUGCCAUUCAAGCCCAUGGUGGCGGGAUUCUAUAUGAUCACAGGACUUCGAAAUACUAUUGGUAUGGAGAAAACAAAGAUGGACCAACCUACCAAGUUCAUCCUGAAGGGGCACGCCGGGUAGACCUUAUAGGGGUAAGCUGCUACUCCUCAAAGGACCUAUGGUCAUGGACAAACGAAGGAAUUGUGCUUCCUGGAGAGCGUACCAACAUCACCCAUGAUCUUCAUAAAUCGAAGGUGCUUGAGAGACCUAAGGUGGUAUAUAAUGAUCACACUAGGAAAUAUGUCAUGUGGAUGCAUAUUGACGAUGCGAACUACACCAAAGCAUCUGUCGGUGUGGCUGUCAGCAACUCUCCCACAGGACCUUUCACUUACCUGUAUAGCUUUCAGCCGCAUGGAUUUGACAGCAGAGACAUGACAGUUUUCAAAGAUGACGACGGGAUGGCUUAUCUCUUCUACUCCUCUCGCGGUAAUACCGAGCUUCAUGUCAGUCCACUGACAAAGGAUUAUCUCAACGUCACACUGGCGAUGCGGAGGAUAUUAAUAAGACGAUUCAGGGAAGCUCCGGCAGUCUUCAAGGUAGAAGGAAUCUACUAUAUGAUCACCUCGCGCUGCUCAGGCUGGGCUCCUAAUCCAGCACUGGCACAUGCUGCCCACAAGAUCAUGGGGCCAUGGGAGACGCUGGGGAACCCCUGCGUCGGAGGCAACCAUUUUCUCCGUCUGACAACGUUCCUAUCUCAGAGCACGUUCGUGCUUCCCCUCCCCGGCUUGCCUGGUACAUUUAUCUUCAUGGCAGACAGGUGGAACCCGUCGGACCUGAGAGACUCCCGGUAUGUUUGGCUACCCCUGUCGAUCGGAGGUCUGGCAGAUGAGGCGUUGGACUACAGUUUCGGUUUCCCUUCGUGGUCGAGGGUGUCGAUCUACUGGCACAGGAAGUGGCGCCUCCCUGAAGGUUGGAGGUGGAGCUAUACCUGAAUUUUACGGUGCGCAUAGUGACAGAGUAUACGAUACGUAACAUUAGUUGAUGAAAUCGCAGUCGAGAUAUGGUGGUGAUGGUUCAGAAUCUUGAUUGAUGUAUCUGAUCUUAGGUCAUCUGCCUAGAAAUCUGCUGUCUGUCGGCAUGUUCACGGGAAGAGCAAUCUGAAAUUAGAUACGAUGAACUGAGCUCAUACUAUCACUUAUUUCAGAAUGCUGUGCAACUUUGUCAAACGUAACAGCACUGCACAAUCCAGUUAGGC